AUGCCAACAAAAUACAGCACAAAGGAAUUGAUAGCUGCUUACAUACUAGACUGGGUUCUACCAGUACUAUUUGUUGGCACAUUUCUCUUGACAAAUUCCUUCCUGACACCCUUUAAUAGACGCUUUUCACUGGAAGAUACGACUAUACAAUAUCCGUUUGCCGAGCAUGAGAGAGUUCCAAUAUGGCUUGCUUUUGUGAUCGCCGUUUUACUUCCGGCUGUGAUAAUUGCAGUCAUUGCUCUGUUCUUCAGACGUAGUGUACAUGACUUGCAUCAUGGACUAUUGGGUUUAUUCCUUGCUGUUACACUUACUAUAAUGGUGACCGAAGCCAUAAAGACUGCUGUUGGUCGCCCGAGACCAGAUUUCAUCGAUAGAUGUCAACCCAAAGCGGGAUCACAGGAUGACCCUAUUUUUGGACUUAGUAAUUCGACUAUCUGCACACAGACAGACAAAUAUAUUAUGAAUGAUGGAUACAAGAGUAUGCCAUCUGGGCAUUCAUCGACUUCCUUUGCAGGCCUGGGCUACUUAACGUUCUAUCUCGCCGGAAAACUUCACAUCUUUGAUAAAAAAGGACACACUUACAAAUCACUGCUGACUACACUCCCGCUUAUUGGUGCUGCAUUGAUCGCGAUUUCGCGUACUCAGGAUUAUAGGCAUCAUUGGGAAGAUGUUACCGUUGGAGGAUUAAUUG